GUGGAUACGAACUUAUUAUUUUUAUUACUUCGAUAGUUUUAGUACAAAUCCAUUCAGUUGAGAAAGCUACAUCCUUCAAUGGAAAGACUCUCGAGCGUAGGAAAACCAUUCAGUUGAAAGGAGGUAAGUCCAUCACAACAAUUUUCUAAGUACAAAUCCACAAGUGAUGUGUAAUUGCUCCACAUUUCCGGAGGCAAGAAUGCUAAAUUCUUACAGUCGGAAAUAUCAAGUGACUUCAAUGAAGUGGGAAGUCCAUUAGAUGAAAAUGCAGUGAGAGAGGAAAUAUAAAUGAGUUGCAAGUGUUGAAGACAAGUAUAGCUCAGAAACACUUUAGGCAGAGACAGAAUCGUGUUAAGUUAAAUACUUUUGCAAUCUCCAGAAGACAUGGAUAAUCACUUUGAAGCAACGACAAUUCAGAUGACCCUCGAGAAAACAAAUUUAGUGGAGGAAGGGUUAUGCUAUACUCAAAAGAUUUCAUGCAAAGAUAUGCGUAUCGGUGGCGAUGACUUGAAGAACAUGUGUUUGAUUGAAAUUGAAAUGCUGCUUCAGGAAAACGGACCUCACUUACUGACUUCAAAUCUAUGCCCAGGCCAAACGCGGCAGACAUGCCAACUUUUACAAACAAGCUUAUCAUUGAUGAGCUAAAUUACAACAAAGAUGAACUGGAAAAGACACACGCUGAUAUGUUACUGAUGUUGACUGAUGAACAAAGAUGUGUGCAUGACAAGAUCAUGGAGUCUGUUGGUUCUGACGACAGUGGUUUCUUUUUCUUAUAUGGUUAUGGUGGUACUGGAAAAACCUUUAUAUGAAAAAGAUUGUCGGCUGAUAUUAGAUCGAAGGGGUUAAUUGUAUUGAAUGCUGCAUCCAACGGUAUAGCGACUAUUCUAUUACCAGGUGGAAGAACUGCGCACUCGACGCCGACAGUCCCUAUUGAGAUUAAUGAGGCGUCAUCGCUUACGAUGGAAAAGGAUAGUCCUAGGGCAGACCUGGUGCGUGCUGCAAAGUUGAUAAUUUGGGAUGAGGCUCCAAUGAUGCACCGAUGGUGUUUUGAGGCAGUUGACCGAUCAAUGCAUGAUAUCAGGUCCAAGAAUGAUCCCCUAAACGAUUUUAGACCUUUUGGUGGAAUGACAGUAGUUUUAGAUGGUGAUUUCAGGCAGAUAUUGUCUGUAGUCCGAAACGGAUCGAGGGAGGAUAUUGUUGAUGCCUCAAUCAAUUCAUCAAAGAUAUGGGUUUAUUGUAAUGUGUUGAGGCUUACUGUUAAUAUGAGAUUGGGUGCAUCUUCAGUACCUAUAGAGCAGGAAGAAAUUGCUAAUUUUGGCAAGUGGACACUCUCAAUUGGAGAUGGCAACGACGCUUCAGAUGAGAAUGGUGAAAUGAAGGUAGAAAUUUCUGAGAUUUGCUGAUAUCGGACACAACAAAUCCGUUGAUGCCACUUAUAGACUUUGUGUAUCCCGAUUUGAAUGAUAAACUUCGUGACCUGCUAUUUUUCUAAGCAAGGGGAAUACUCGCACCAACGCUUGAUUCAGUUUAGCAUGUUAACGAAUAUAUGAUGUCACUGAUUCCAGGUGAAGAGAAAGAGUAUUUAAGCUCUUAUUUUGUUUGUCGAUCGGGUGAAAAUUCUGAUGUCCAAAGCGAGUGGUUCACAACGGAAUUUCUUAAUGGUAUUAAGAGCUCUAGAAUUUCAAAUCACCGGUUGAAACUAAUGGUGGGGAGUCGAGUUAUGCUGAUGAGAAACAUCAAUCAGGCCAAUGGACUGUAUAAUGGUACGAGGCUCACAGUUACACAUCUAGGGAAGAGCACGAUAGCUGCUACCGUAAUUACAAGAAAAAGGACAGGUACCAGGGUAUUCAUCCCCAGGAUGAAUCUUAUUCCGAGUGAUCCGGGAGUACCCUUCAAAUUCAGGCGCAUGCAAUUUCCAUUGACGCUUUGUUUUGCAAUGACAAUAAAUAAAAGUCAGGGUCAAUCUUUAUCUCGAGUGGGAGUUUAUCUUCCUAAGCCUGUGUUCACGCAUGGAUAACUCUGUGUUGCUUUCUCUCGAGUUACUUCAAGAAAAGGUCUGAAGCUGCUCAUCUUGAAUGAAGAUGAUAAUGUUUGCAAGGAGACCACAAUGUUGUGUAUCGUGAAGUUUUUCGAAAAGUAUGAUCAUUGGUUAUGUUUUAGAAUUGUUGUUGCUAUAAUUUAGAAAAAUAAAGUUGCGUAUU